AGUUAUUUGUUCUUUGCCCAUUUAACAUGUUGUGGCACAAGUUAAUCGCUUUCGCUGUUCUCAGUUUGGUGCUGUGCCAGCUGCAUCAAGUCAACGGCAACGAUUCCGGUUGUCAAGCCAACUUCACUCGAGUGGGAGAUACGUGUUUGAAGAAUGUGAGCAAUUGGUAUAGCUGGUAUGAGGCUGAUCGCCAUUGUCGCUCCUUGGGCGCCGAAUUGGUUAGUCUGCAGAAUCAAGAACAGCUGCAAGAAAUCAAUAAAUGGCUCAACACUACGGGAUUGUUUAUGCUCAAUUUCUGGACCUCGGGCAAUAGACUGGGCAGGAUUGGCAACUACUAUUGGCAAGGCACGGGUCAGGAGGCCAGCUAUCUGCCUUGGGGUACAGGGCAACCUCAGUCAACAGGCAAUUGUUUAUUACUCGCCUCAAAGACUUGGGGCGUUGCGGAUUAUCACUUGGAGGUGUACAAUUGCGAGUCGUGGUCAUCUGCCGUCUGCGAGCAGAGGCCACAACAGUACACAAGCCGCCUUUGCCUGAAGCAGGAUAGCUAUGAAAGCGUUCAGGUGCUUGUUAAUUAAAUACGGACUAUAUCAAAGUUAUGAUUGUGAAUUUGUCAAUUUGUGUUAACGAAUUUUCAAUGCUCUA